AUGGCUAGAUACAACCGGGUCCUGCUGGGCCUGUGUCGAUCCAUGGAAUUGCGAUGCACACCUCUGGGGAAAGGACAACAAGCAAUGUCGGUCAAAGAGACUCACUUUAAGAGAGCGAAACAUGGGCAUCUCUUUCUUCUUGUCAGGGAUAUUAAACCUAGAGAAUUGCCGCCGUGGAACCUUAAGCUCUAUCCACCUUUUGAAUCUGCUGAUGUGGACCGGGAUCAUGGCGGUAUCAGGUGUCGUCGACCCGAAAAUGAACUCCUCCCCUGUCCUCCCACCUCCGUUGGUGGACGUUGUCCACGAUUCGAGUCCACCAUUUCCAAUCCACACACCCUUGACCUGCGUCGUGCCAGAUACAAGGCCCCUUCUUUUUCGCUCACCGGUCUUCCCGAACGGCAGACUCGUCCUCCAUUGACAUCCAUACUCGAGUCCGGGCCCGCCCCCUUCUCCGGCUAUAAAGCUGGCCAGCGAUCCCGUUGGAAGCCAGGUGUGCGCUUUUUCUGCUCCCCAGACACUGUCAAUAUUGAGUCCAACCUCGAGCCAGCGGUGGAAGAAGUCCUCAAGAACGUUGAAUCCCUGGAUGACCUCACCGACGAGGUUGUCUGGAAACUACGUGCAAUAAUUCCCGAAGCUUUCCCCGUCCAGAAAUUCCAUGUGACGCCCCUUGGUUACCAGAACUGGCUUCGGGGACGAGAGGAUAUUCGAGGAGUUGAGUAUGAUUCGAAAAAAAGCCGGAUCAUAGUCAACACACUCUCUGGGGUCCUGCAUUCGCAAGCCUGCGACGUCUUCACCGCAUGGCUUCGAGAAGUCAGCAAGGAGAUGGACCAGACAACUGGAUCAACGUACAAGUUGGUCAGAGAUAAGCGAUUCACCCUCUCUAGUCCCUACCGGGGUUCUGCCAAAGAGCCGGAUGACGGCCUCCAGCAGAAGUCGACGACUGCGCCAACGGCGGCGGCAUCGACCAACAAUUGGGGGUUGACGACCACCCAGAUCCUGAGCUUCUCCGAGGCACAGCUGGCUGAGCACAUCAUCGGGUGGGCUGAGGAGAAUGGGUCGCCUCUUGUGGGCAGAGUGCGCGUCCAGCUCUGGUUCUGUCUGCAGGGAUACCCGGAGCAGCGACAGGCCACCCAUAUCUGGGAAGCUGAGAUCUCCCACCGCGAGAUUUACAGCCAGACGUUUCACCAGAGGCCGGUCUUGGUGCUCCGAGACCUGAUGCCCGAGCUCGUCGGUGACAGGACGACGUUCGAAUUGCCCAUCGCAACUCUGGUUGCUGAGCUCCAAGGGGCCAUUGAGGAGUUGCAGCUGGAGAGGGCCACCGAAAUUGCGGAGGAGAGACAGAAUGCGUUGAGAGCGCAGCCAUCGAAGUAA